CCCGGGGAGAGAAACAGAAAACAACCACCUCCGAUCUCUUCCCCGCGGGCCUUUCAGUAUCCUCCAGAUAGAACCGGUUGUCGUUUUUGAAUAGAUUUUUCGACUUUUAUUCAGCCCCAAACUCUUGCAGUAUCCGACUUGACCCCGACGGCUUAACUCAUGGCUGAAGCAGAGAUCGACCUCUACGAGGUCCUGGAGAUUUCCAGAGGCGCGAGCAAGGAAGAGGUCCGAAAGGCUUAUCGCAAGGCCGCUCUUGCAAGCCACCCGGAUAAGGUCCCCGAAGAACAACGAACAGAGGCGGAGAUCAGAUUCAAGUCUGUUCAAGAAGCCUACGAUAUCCUUUACGAUGAAGACAAGAGGCAUUUGUACGACACACAUGGCAUGGGCGCAUUUAACGGCUCCGGUGAGCCAGGAAUGGGAGCUGGCCCCGACUUGGACGAUAUUCUAGCACAGAUGUUCGGUGGAAUGGGUGGUAUGGGCGGUAUGCCCGGCAUGGGAGGCAUGGGAGGCAUGCCUGGAGGACCACGCCCCAACAAGCCGCGCAAGAGCCCGAACGAAGAGCAAAAGUAUGAAGUCAGUUUGGAGGAACUCUACAAGGGCAAGACAGUCCGGUUCUCCAGCAUCAAGAAUGUCAUUUGCAGUCUGUGCCAGGGUAAAGGUGGCAAGGAAAAGGCGACGGCCAAGAAGUGCUCUACUUGCGAGGGAGAAGGAUACAUUGAAAAGUUGACUAUGAUGGGUCAGUUCCUGACCAAGAACACCGUUGCCUGUACUACUUGCAGCGGUGAGGGCAACUUCUUCAGCCCCAAGGAUAAGUGCAAGAAAUGCAAGGGAAAGAAAACAACCGAGGCAAAGAAGAUUCUGGAGUUGUACAUUCCUCCAGGAGCCAAGGAGGGAGACAAGAUCGUGCUGGAAGGCGAGGCAGACCAGGUCCCCGGCCAAGAGCAUGGAGACAUCGUUUUCCACCUGGUGGAAGAAGAGCACCCAACAUUCUCAAGGGCCGGUGCCGAUCUGGCUGCCGAGAUCGAUGUCACUUUGGCCGAGGCCUUGACGGACUUCUCUCGCGUGGUGGUCAAACACCUCGACGGACGGGGUAUUGAGCUCAGUCACCCCAAGAAGAAGGGCGACAUCCUACGCCCCGGGCAGGUUAUCAAGGUUCCCGGAGAGGGUAUGCCUAUCAAGCGCAGCGACUCCCGCGGCGAUCUGUACCUGACGGUCAACAUCAAAUUCCCCGAUGAGAAGUGGACACCUAGUCCCGCAGAGGUAGAGAACCUCAAGCAAAUGCUCCCCAAGCCCGACCCACCUAUCCAGGCCGAGACCGUGGACGAGGUCGAGUACGACCCCAAGGGCAAGAUGGAAGACUUUGGCUCUAAAGACCCUAGCGGUGGAACUGCCUGGGAGGACGAUGAGGAUGAUGAGCCAGCGCAGUGCGCGGCUCAGUAGAAUUCUUUUCACCAGGGAAAAGAAAAAAGGAAGAAAGGAAGAAAAAAGAAAAGAAAAGAAAAGAAAAGAAAAGAAAAGAGAAAUUCUGGCUUCUUGGUAGAUAUAUUCGAUUCGAUGAUACAUUCCGGGUCAAACUCUCCUCUGGCAUCAUCGGGCGUUUUGGGAGUGUUUCAGCAUCUUCUUCGGGCUUACUGGUUUUAUGUUCUGGCUCCUUUGACCAGUUAUUUCUUCUUGAUUAAUUACGAUGGUCAGCUUUGCUUUUUUUU